AUGCCAAUUCACCACAUCUCCAUCCCAGUUCGCGACGUCGCGGCCUCUAAAGCCUUCUACACAGCCGUGCUUCAAUCACUCACCUACGGCGUCUACAAGGACCUCGGAAACUCAGUCGGCUUUGCGCCGCCCGGUGGACGCGCCGACUUCUGGAUCCACGCCAGUCCCGAAGCGGGCCAUGAGAAGCAGAACCGCAAUUUGAACAUUAUUACCCACGUCGCUUUUGCGGGUAAGAGUGAAAAGGAUGUAGAGGACUUCCAUGCGGCUGCUUUGGCGGCGGGGGCCAAGUGCAAUGGUCCGCCGGGAUUUCGACCCGUGUAUCAUGAGAAGUACUACGGUGCUUUCAUCCUCGAUCUGGAUGGGAACAAUAUCGAAUGCGUCUACUACGAUAUGUAG